UGACAUUUGUAUCACGUAUGGAUGUUUUUGAAGGGAACUUAUGGGCAAAUAAGCAAAACAGGCCACGCGCUGUCCCCCAGAGAUUACCUAAUCUAACCGCUUCCAUUUGGUCCUCCUCCUCAUCAAAGCAAAGUAUAAAAAGUGCCACCAUGGCCAUCAUUGUACAAAGACACUGCAAGGAAGAACCAGAAGAAGAAGAAGAAGAGCAACUCAAUAUUCUUUUCACAGAACCUUGUGAACCUUUCCGCUAACUGGGGACAGUAAAACCCACCACCUUCAUUCACUAUUCAUCAUGCCACCCCAAGUGCAAUCUCAGAGUCCGUCUGGGACUCGCGUCCUGCAGGGAGACUUAGCAGCCCUGGCCCCGGCGGUGCGGGAGUUUGUGGAGAGCAGCUUGGCCCUCUGCCAGCCUGACUCCCUGCACAUCUGUGAUGGCUCUGUGGAGGAGAACGAAGCCCUGCUGGCCCAGAUGCAGGAGCAGGGCAUGAUCAAGAAGCUCAGCAAAUACGAAAACUGCUGGCUAGCCCGGACCGACCCCAGGGAUGUGGCGCGGGUGGAGAGUAAGACCGUUCUUGUGACAACUGAGGAGCGUGAUGCCGUGCCCUGUCCCGUUGGCGGAGGGGUGUCUCAACUCGGACGGUGGAUGAGCCCAGAAGAGUUUGACAAAGCCUCUAGUCAGAGGUUUCCUGGCUGCAUGAAAGGUCGCACAAUGUACGUGAUACCCUUCAGCAUGGGACCAGUGGGCUCUCCACUCUCCAAGAUUGGAGUGGAACUGACCGAUUCCCCCUACGUUGUCGCCAGCAUGCGCGUCAUGACUCGCAUGGGGAAGGCGAUCCUGAACGAUCUGGGAAAUGGAGACUUUGUGCGAUGCCUGCACUCGGUGGGCUGCCCCCUUCCACUCAAGAAGCCCCUGGUGAACAACUGGCCCUGCAACCCGGAGCAAACACUAGUAGCUCACAUCCCCGACCAAAGAAAGAUCAUCUCAUUUGGGAGUGGCUACGGUGGCAACUCACUCCUUGGGAAGAAGUGUUUCGCGCUUCGCAUUGCCUCACGUAUUGCAAAGGAAGAAGGCUGGUUGGCUGAACACAUGCUGAUCCUUGGUAUUACAAACCCUGCGGGACAGAAGAAGUACAUGGCAGCAGCAUUCCCAAGUGCCUGUGGAAAAACCAAUUUGGCUAUGCUCACGCCCACUCUGCCUGGUUGGAAAGUAGAGUGUGUGGGAGAUGAUAUUGCUUGGAUGAAGUUUGAUUCUGAAGGAAACCUACGAGCCAUAAAUCCUGAGAACGGCUUCUUUGGGGUUGCACCAGGAACGUCUCUCAAGACAAAUCCCAACGCCAUGGCAACCAUUUGUAAGAACACUGUUUUCACAAAUGUGGCAGAGACAAGUGAUGGGGGUGUGUACUGGGAAGGAAUGGACCAGACCGUGGAUGAUGGCAUAUCCAUCACAUCCUGGAAAAACAAACCCUGGACAGCGGACACUGCAGGUGAGCCCAGUGCCCAUCCGAACUCCCGUUUCUGCACACCGGCUGGACAGUGCCCCAUCAUCGACCCCCAGUGGGAGUCCCCUGAGGGCGUUCCCAUCGAGGCCAUCAUCUUUGGUGGAAGGAGACCUGAAGGUGUUCCCCUGGUGUACGAGUCCUUUAACUGGCAGCAUGGCGUCUUCGUGGGCGCUGCCAUGAGAUCAGAGGCUACAGCUGCAGCUGAACACAAAGGAAAGGUGAUUAUGCACGACCCGUUUGCCAUGCGUCCCUUCUUCGGCUACAACUUCGGUCACUACCUGUCCCACUGGUUGAGCAUGGCGCAGCGCGCUGAGGCAAAACUGCCCAAGAUCUUCCACGUCAACUGGUUCAGGAAGAGCCCCCAAGGAGGGUUCCUUUGGCCUGGCUUUGGCGAAAACAUCCGUGUCCUGGAGUGGAUGUUCCGCCGACUAGACGGAGAAGCCGGAGCGAUGCCCUCCGCCGUGGGCUACCUCCCCGCACCCGGCUCGCUCAACCUGUCUGGCUUGAAUGUGGAUGAGGACGAGCUUUUCCGUCUCUCUCAGGACUUCUGGGAGAAGGAAGUCGAAGAUAUUGGAACCUAUUUCCACAGAGAGGUCAAUGACGACCUCCCCAAGGAGAUGCAGACAGAGCUAGACCAGCUCGCUAAGAGAGUGCAACGAUUGUAAGCACUGCAAUUUCAAGUGUGGCUUAAAGUCUUCAUAGUAAACACUUGAACACCGAUUGACCGUAUGUAAAUUUUCAUGUAGGUUUAGCACUUUCUGUCAGUAUUGUUUUGUUCUUUUUAGUUGCUUGUAGACACAGGCUCUGUCCGACGGUUGAUCCUCAGAUAUUUAUUGUUGUCAAAGACUUUCAUUUGUGACGUUAAUAUUUUAUUUAAAUUACAUAACUUAUUCACUUACAGCUGUAAACAAGACAUUUAAUAUAAUAUUAUUGUAUGGUAAUGGUAUUAUUCCGAAGUUAAAGUUACAUAAUACAGCAACUUCUGACUAGAAAUAUUUUGUCUAGUUUUUGUAUGUUUUUUUUGUGUUGAACUGUUCCAAGAUUUAAUAAACACGCACAUGAACUCAAACUAGUAUUAGUAUUAUUUACAGUCCAUAUUCACUGUUGACUUCUUUCAUAUUCACAAAUCAAUCAAAAUGACACAAAAAUGAAGUGUUUCUCAUUCAAUUCUGUAUGAAAUCAUAUUUAAAACUACCUUGUUCAGUU